AUGUUUCUACUGCUCGUCGCUGCCCUUAUUUUAACCUAUGCUCUUUAUCAAUAUACGAUAGCCAGGAGGUUACCACCAGGUCCACUACCCUUCCUUAUCCUCGGCAAUCUCCCUCAGCUUUUCUGGUAUGCUACGAAAAAGGGCGGAUUUGUCAGGGCCAUGCAGGAAUUCCAGCAACACCACGGCGACGUUUACACACUUUGGAUCGGCCCAAUGUAUUUUGUAAAUAUUUGUACUUACGAGAAGGCAAAAGAUCUCAUGAUUACGCAGGGUCACACGCAGGUUGGGCGAUUUUUGGCCCCUUUUGCACUGCUGGCGGAAAUGGAUGAUACCGGAAAGAUUUGGGGAAUUGGCUCAAGCGUUGGCGAGACGUGGACCGAGCACAGACGUUUCGCCCUUCAAACCUUGCGAAAUUUCGGCAUGGGCAAGAAUUUGAUGGAACAGCGAAUUAUUCAAGAAUUCGACCACCACCUCACCAACACAGAGAACAACAUGAAGAGUGGGAAGGUGGAAGUGAAUUCGUUGGAUUUCGUCAAUAUGUUGAUCGGAAACCUGAUCAAUCGUCUGCUUUUCGGAUAUCGAUUUGAAACCGAUGAAAGCCGGGAUCACUUUUUCCGGGUGAAAAACGGGAUUAACGAGAUGGCGGACAGCGCGACGCCGCUUGACUAUUUGAUUUGGCAUUGGUGGAAAUAUGUGCCGCUGUUGAGUCGACGUUACACAAGCACUAUGGAAGCCAUCGAGCCCGUGCUCAAGUUGGUGCAAGACAACGUUGAUCGGAGAAUCCGUGAAAUCGCUUCUGGAGACUACACCCUGCACGACGAGCCGGGUGACUACAUUGACGCCUACCUACUCGAGCAGCGCAGACGUGGCGGGGAUGUUGGAGAAAUGACAACCCACGGCCUUGUCAUUGAUCUGUUCGAUUUGUGGCAAGCUGGCCAGGACACUACUUCCACGACCAUUCAAUGGGGAUUGUUUCUGUUUAUGAAAAAUUUGGCGGCCAUGAAAAGGUGUCAGGACGAGAUUUUAAGAGUAACCAGCCAAAACCGGAAUUUGUCAUUGACCGACCGGGCCUCUACUACUUACUUUACGGCAGCGUGUACCGAAAUCCAACGUCAUGCUUCCAUUCUAGCUUUUAAUCUAUGGAGGAGAACAACAGGACCCUCAAAGAUUGCCGGUUACGACAUCCCAAUUGGUACCCUGACCACCGCGCAACUUUCGGUAAUUCUGGACGAUCCGAAAGUGUUUGAGCAGACUGAAAAGUUUUCUCCCGAGCGUUACCUUGGCGAAAAUGGGAAAGAGUUGACCGAGAAGACAAUCCCAUUUGGCAUCGGAAAACGGAGCUGCCCUGGCGAGGGAAUGGCUAAAGCGGAAAUCUACUUGAUCCUUGGAAAUCUUCUAAACCGCUACAAUUUGACGCCGUCACCAACUCUUCCCCCGACAGGGCCUACUAGCGGAUUAUCAGUUUUUCAUCGUCCGGCAGAUUUCGGAGUCGUCUUGGAAAAAAUUGAUGGACACUGUUGCCAGGCGAUGGAUGGCGACUACAUAGCCCACUGCCAAUCGGAAAAAUGCCCGGCUGAUAGGAGGGAGAUUUUUAUGGUCAAC